CGCACUGGGCUGAGGGCGCAGCGCCUGAGCGUCUCUUUUUCUGGCGCUGCCGCAGACGCGCACGGGGGACCAAAAUGUCCAGUGGAACCUUUGACACUGCGCCACCAGUAUCGAAAAUCUGGACUGCUUUGAAGCGCCUGGAUAAAAAUGACAAUAGAGUGGUAGCACUUCGUGAAGUACUGAUUCCCCCAGGAUCUGAUUUAGCAGCAGUUAUUCAAAUUUUCACAAGUACAUUUCGACUGAAUUCACCAGACCUUAUAUUAAAGAUCAGAAAUCAUCGUGGCUUCUUGAUUCCUUUAAAUGGCUCAGUUCCUGUUAACAGCAAACAUAAGCCUUAUGUACUUGAAGUGACCAGCAUCUUUCAGCAUGUGACUGUAAAGGCUCGGACUAUUCCCAUGACUGUGAUCAACAAGAGCAUGAAAACCAGGUUACAUAUCAUUGAUAGGAGGAUUCAACGACUGGAGGAGCUGCUGCCUCAGAUUAAACAGAGACACAAUGAAAAACUGACCCAGGAGAUAGAAUGUCUCACUCAAAAGUUGAAUUUUCUUCACAAGAGAAUGCAGAUAGCUGAUUCUCAUACCUGGAAGGGAAUGCUGACCAGAGCCCCUUUAUGGUGAAACUCUGUAAAAAGUAGAUUUAUGUCAAUUUCUCUGUGUACAGUCCAAAAAUGAAUAGGCUCUACUUCUAAGAAAUAAAACUACACUUGAUCUCUCAUGCUAUAUGGUUAAUAGAGCCUCUUUAUGGUGAAACUCUGUAAAAAAUAGACUCUUCAAUACACAUGUUAAA